GGGAUUCAAUAAACUUUGCCUUGUUGUCUAUUGCCGGAAUUUCAAACCCUAGCCCUGCUACACCGCCAAUGACGCCGUCUCCGCCUCCGCCUCCAGACGAUGCUUGGAUCCGCUCUUACCACCGCUUGCUUCCUGAAUCGCAGUCUCUUCUCGCUUCCCGCCGGUCAAUUAUACCGGUUGCAAUCUCUAGAGUGAAUCAGUUUGACGCAGCACGACUAGAUGUUGAAAUGUCAGCCAUGUUGAAGGAACAGCUGGUUAAGGUUUUCACUUUGAUGAAGCCAGGAAUGCUCUUUCAAUACGAACCAGAACUUGAUGCUUUCCUUGAGUUUCUCAUUUGGAGAUUCUCUAUUUGGGUUGACAAACCCACCCCCGGAAAUGCUCUCAUGAAUCUUAGAUACAGAGAUGAACGAGUCGCAGCGAAAGUCAGAACAGGACUGGAAGGACCCGGACUUACUGCUCCUCAAAAGAUUUGGUACUGCGUUGCCUCCGUUGGUGGUCAGUACCUCUUCUCCCGUUUGCAGUCAUUUUCUGCUUUCCGUAGAUGGGGUGAUUCUGAGCAGAGACCAUUGGCUAGGCGACUUUGGACCCUCAUACAACGAAUCGAAGGCAUCUACAAAGCUGCUUCUUUUCUUAACCUAUUGUCAUUUCUUUAUACGGGAAGGUACAGGAACCUCAUUGAAAAAGCUUUAAAAGCUAGGCUUGUCUAUAGGAGUCCCCAUAUGAACCGAUCUGUCAGCUUCGAGUACAUGAACCGCCAACUUGUGUGGAAUGAAUUUUCGGAAAUGCUUUUGUUGCUUCUUCCGCUGCUCAACUCUUCAGCUGUGAAGAAUAUUCUUAGUCCAUUUGCCAAGGACAAGUCCUCAAGCACUAAAGAGGAUACAGUGAAUUGCCCUAUUUGCCAAGUGGAUCCUGCAAUUCCUUUUAUUGCUCUGCCUUGUCAGCACAGGUACUGUUACUACUGCAUAAGGACCCGCUGCGCUUCAGCAGCAUCGUUCCGGUGUCUUAGAUGUAACGAGCCUGUGGUUGCCAUACAACGGGAAGGUGUUUCAAGUGGCAAAUGAAAGGAGGUGACGAAUUGUUGAGUCAUGCCACCAAGUCUUGAAGAAUAAGCAGCUGCAAUAGUGGAAGUGUAAAAAGCUAAGGCAAGCAGCCGAAAGCAGAGAAGAAUCUGAUAGGCAUUCGUUUGCAAACAGGCUGUACAAAAGGGAACAUCAUCGAUGUGAUGCAGCAAAGAAAUUUAGAUAGGUACA